AUGGCACCGGAAGAGAAGAAGAGGCAAUUGCCUCCCAAAGUCGCCGCUAUGAAGGCGCGCAAGCGCCAGCGAAUCGACGACGCCAGCGCCGAUGCUGCGAAGACCACCGCGAAGAAAUCGAAAACGACGAAGCCGGGCGAGAAGGUGCGCUUGGAGAAUCUGCAGUGGAAAGAGGUCGAUAUGCCGGAUCGUUUGGGCGAUUUCGAGGGCUUUUUUGGGCUGGAGGAGAUCGACGAUGUCGAUGUGGUGCGCGAGGGCGACGUCGUGUCGUUCCAGACGACCAAGAGCGUGAAGAAGAAGGGCGCAGGGAAGGAAGACACUUCAUCGGCGGGGGAAGAAGAGGAGGAGGAGGCUUCGGAAUGGGAAGGCUUCGGCGAGGAUGAUGAUAACGAGGCUCAGGCAGAGCCUGCCAAGGAAGAGGCGCCCGCACAAUCUAAUGGACCCACGAAGAACGCCGAGAAGAAGAAAGAAAAGAAGGAUAAGAAGGAGAAAAAAGAAAAGAAAGAGAAGAAUAAAAAGAGCACGCAGGAAGACAACAAGAAAACCAAUGGCGCAGCUCCAAUCGGCACAGUCCCCUUCGCUGGCCUAUUAGGAGAGGACAUGGAUGACGGUAUUGAUACUUCGGCAUGGAACCGUCUCAACCUGUCUGACGAAAUCAUGGUUGCGAUUUCGAAGCUCAAAUUCGGUUCUCCCACGCGCAUCCAGGCCGCGACGAUACCUGAAAUCCUUGCAGGCCACGAUGUAGUAGGAAAGGCGUCAACGGGAUCAGGAAAGACACUCGCAUUCGGCAUCCCCAUCUUGGAAACUUUCUUGGAAGUGCAGCGAACGAAGAAGGCAUCCAAGAAGGGCGAGAAGGCACCGUUGGCCUUGAUUCUCAGCCCGACUCGUGAACUGGCACACCAAAUUUCAAAGCAUCUUACAGACCUUUACACAGGCGGAACUUUUGACAGUCCGUCCAUCGCAACCAUCACUGGCGGUCUGUCGAUACAAAAGCAGCAGCGUCAACUCGAGACAGCGGAUGUUGUUGUGGGAACACCGGGUCGUCUGUGGGAGAUUAUCAGUCUUGGUCACGGCAUUCUGAAGCGCUUCAAGAAACUCAGGUUCCUUGUGGUGGACGAAGCCGAUCGACUUCUCAGUGAGGGCCAUUUCAAGGAGGUGGAGGAGAUCAUGAACGUUCUUGAGCGCGAGGAUCAAGCAGAUGAUGAAGAUGAAGUAGAAGAAGAGGAGAAGGAAAAGGACGAGAAGGAUGACGCCCCAGUGCAACGACAAACCCUCGUCUUCUCUGCAACCUUCAAUAAGGGCCUACAACAAAAGCUCACGGGCAAGGCAAAGUGGCACGGAGAUCUUCUGUCGAACAAGGAGUCGAUGGAGUAUCUAUUGAAGAAGCUCAACUUCAGGGAAGAAAAACCGAAGUUUGUUGAUGUCAACCCUGUCUCUCAAAUGGCCGAGGGCUUGAAAGAGGGUCUUGUGGAGUGUGGAGCAACAGAGAAGGAUCUCUAUCUUUAUGCCCUCCUGAUGUUCCACCCUAAAACUCGCACCCUUGUUUUUACGAACAGCGUAUCUGCGGUCCGUCGCCUUCAUCCGUUCCUCACCAAUCUGAAUCUUCCUGCUCUGGCACUUCACUCCCACAUGGCGCAGAAGCAGCGUCUUCGCAAUGUAGAGCGCUUCUCUGCGCAGCCUGAUUCCAUUCUCAUCGCAACAGAUGUUGCCGCACGCGGUCUCGACAUCAAGGGUGUGGACCUGGUCAUUCACUACCACCUUCCCAGAACAGCAGACAUGUAUGUCCAUCGUUCUGGUCGUACUGCCCGUGGAGAAAGCUCGGGUUCUUCCAUUCUGAUCUGCGCUCCCGACGAAGUCGUCGGUGUUCGAAGACUGGUCGCAAAGGUACAUGCGAACAACGCAUCAAAGAGCUCUUACUAUAUGCGCAGCGUCGACCUCGACCGACGUAUUGUCUCCAGACUAAAGCCUAGGGCGACACUGGCAAAGAAGAUUGCAGAUACCGAUGUCGCCAAAGCAAAGUCGAAUUCUUCCGAGAACGAUCUCUUGCGCCAGGCUGCGGAGGACUUGGGUGUCGACUAUGACUCUGAGGAACUGGAGAAACCAAUGGGCAGGGGUGGCAGAGGUAACGGCCGCAAGAAGAAGGAGCGUGAGGCGAAGGACCUCUCUAAAGAAGAGGUUCAUGCCAUGAGGGCGGAGCUCAAAGCACUGUUGAGUCAGCGGGUCAACGUCGGAGUCAGCCCCAGGUAUCUGACAGCGGGUGGUGUGGACGUUAAUGCGCUGAUCCGGGAGAAGGAGUCAGGCAGAGGGGAAUUCCUAGGCCACGUAGAAGGUCUUGGUCUGUAG